CAACCACACAACAGGUAGAAAAGAGAGAGACGAAAGGCGGCAGCGAAAGUAUGAGAGACCCGAGGCGCCGAGCCAAAGGAAAGGAGGGAGCUUUGGCCUUUGCUGGGCUGGCUGACCGGUGACCGCCUGAGCCGGGCAUUUGGCCGGACAAGCUGCUACUACUGCUAAAGCCGGCCGACCCACCCCGUCCCCGCGCGGGAGAGAGAAGGAAAGGAGAAAAAGCGGCGCCUCGUCACGGUCGCCACCCUCCUCCUCGUCCUCGGCCUCUUCUUUUCUUCCCCCGCCGUCCCUCCCCUUCCUCUGCAUUCCCCCUGCGCGCGCACCUGGCCGUCCCGUCCUCGGUGUCCCUGUUCCGCGCGGCACCGAUUUCCCUCACCUCUCGGGUUUCCUUUUUUCCUUCCCGGCCUUGACGGGCGUUCUUGCCGCAUCGCUCCUCUGCUCCCUCCGAGCUCCUGCUCCUUCGCGGCUGGUCCGCGCUCGCUCUCCCGGGUCCCGGUGGUUGGUUUCCGUUGCCGUUGCCCGGCGUGGCGUGCCACCCUUCCCUUUAAUGAGGCGCUGGUGGUUGCGGCCGUGACCGACUCACCUCCCGGGAAGGCGGAAGCAGCCGAGGAGGGGCGCCGCGCCGUGCUGCGCAGGAGCCGGCGGCGGCAUUGCGCAUGGACGGCGGGGAGGAGCAGAGCUCCGCCUCGGCGGCGGAGCACCGGCCGCCGCCGCCACCGCAGCAGCAGCAGCAGCAGCAGAUACGGGUGGUGCGCUGCCCCAAGUGCGACAAGCUCCUGCCGGAGCUGCCCAACUACUCUGUCUACGUCUGCGGCGGCUGCGGCGCGACGCUCCAAGCAAAGAACUCAGCAUCUGAUACUUCUUCAGAGAAGUCUGAUGGUGAACAUGUGAAGUAUCUCGAAGUGCUCGAAAGUUUACCAGAAAAGAACAGAGAUGCUACAUCUGAAGCUAGUUGUGCUGUCCGAGAAGCAGACGCCAAUAAAGUUGAAGCUAGGCCAGAGAGAUUUGUACCCAACAGAAUGGCAGCUGUACACAGCCAAUCUGGAUUCAGUUUCAAUGAUAGCCAAGCUACUUGCGCACCCAGCAGCGCCCUGAAGCUUGAAUCUGCGCUUAGAGAUGUAAGUAGGGAAGUUCGGGAGGCAAAAUACCGGCGCAUUCGUCAUGAGGAGAAAGGAGAAGCAAAGCAGCCAGCAAGGGCAAGAGACAACUCUCCAAGGUCUGUGGUUAACAGCAUUCCUCCUCCUAAUGCUUACCCCGGAGAAGGUCCAUCCGAGUAUCCUAUGAAACCUGGAUUUAGGCAUGCCAAUGGUGAGCUUGCUGACAGUAGGAAUUCAGAUGGUGCUAGCAGAGUUAGUGGCCUUGAGAAAGACCGUUCUGAGCUUUUGCGGAUUCUUGAUGAGCUGAGGGACCAGGUACAGAGAUCAUGUGAGAUUGCUGACAAACCCAAUGGGAGUGCUUCGACAAGUAGAGUGGUGGAUCCUGCAAGCUCUUACAAUCCUAAUGAGCGUCUGAGUCGACUGCGGUAUGGUUCACCUCAGUUGCAACGGAAUGGCUCGCAGCGCUCACCAUCCUUGAAUGGGCACACACCUGGUGUACCUCCUGCUUAUCCUUCAAUGACUGCACAGCAAGAUCUUCAUGGAUACGGGGAACCUGUCGCACACAUAGGGGCUCCUAGCUACCCUGUUGGUCCAUAUCCAUGGAGAAACUUUGAUAAUUAUUUCCAUGGACAGUAUGAUCCUGACCCUCUGAUCUCUUAUCACCAUGACGGCUUCUACCAUCAGCCUGCUUGCUCUUGCUUACAUUGUUACCACCGUGAAUUCCUACCUGUUCAUGGGGCUCCACUUGGUUUCAACCAUUGCAGGGCACCAUACCUUAUGAACAAUCCUAGCUUGUACCCUGUAGAAGGUCCAGUGAUGUUUGGUGCACAGAACUACAAUUCAAGAGGUAUGAAUGGUCUGAUGCGACGCAAUCACAUGAGGGCCACCCUGAGUAAAAAGCCCGCACAGACUUGUGAACCAAUUGUCAAUGGUGCCCCUUUUACCAUAUGCUACAAUUGCUACGAAGUGUUGCAGCUUCCCAAGAAGUCUCUCUCGCUGGGAAAAGAUGAGUAUAAGUUGCGUUGUGGAUCAUGCUCACAUGCAAUUGUGGUCAGACUUGAUGGAAGCAGGCUGGAUGUUUCAGCACCUACACCAGUUUCACACUUAUCGCCUGGGAGUAAAAAUUGCCCCAACAAUGGCCAAGGAAGUAAUGGACACACUGCCGAUGAGAGACUGCUUCCGUCUUAUAGUUUUUCUGUAGGCAGCCAUUGCUCUCAGGAAAAAGAUCUACCCUCAAAUUCAAGUGAAGCAGAUAAAAUGCGAAGCAUAUCAUCUUCUGCCAGCAUUUCUGAAGAUGAUGAAAGCCCAGCAAGAUCAAAUUCACAGAAGAACUCUGGUUCUAGGGACAUUCCUCCUGAUGCUGAAGUGGCUACCCGUGUUCCAAGUUUACCUCUUCGCGAUCAUUUUGUAUAUUCUCCAUCAGAGAGAGUGGUUGACGGGUCAGGCAAAGGAAGCAGAAGUACCCGAUCUGAACACGAAAAGGGUGUGUUAACUGAAAGUUUCAAGCCAAGCACAGUGAAAGACGUACCUGUAGCAAGCGUGCUAGACCUGUCAGAUGAUGAGUACGAUGAUCCCGAGUACAGUCAAGAUCCAGGUGAUGGGGGUCAAUAUGUUGACCACCCGAGGGCCACAAAAUCGGGUGAUUCUUUUUUCUCCAGCCUGAUAAAGAAGAGCUUUAAAAUUAAUGGUGGCAUGGGCAAUGGCAGAGCAAAGGUUUUCAUUAAUGGCUAUCCCAUCUCUGAUCGUGCUGUCAGGAAGGCUGAGAAGAUAGCUGGGCCAAUUUAUCCUGGCGAAUACUGGUAUGACUACCGUGCUGGAUUCUGGGGUGUUAUGGGACAGUCCUGCCUUGGCAUGAUACCUCCAUAUAUUCCGGAAUUUAACUAUCCUAUGCCCAAGAAUUGUGCUGGAGGAAAUACAGAUGUGUUCAUCAACGGCCGAGAACUUCACCAGAAGGACUUGGAUUUACUCGUGGGUCGUGGGCUCCCAGAUUCUCCUGACAGAUCCUACAGAGUUGAGAUUUCUGGCAAAGUAUCUGACGAAGUAUCUGGUGAAGAGCUGUAUUGCCUUGGCAAACUCGCACCAACGGUCGAGAAGAUGAAGCGCGGGUUCGGGAUGCGAGUCCCCAGGGUCAUUCAGUGAGGCUGAAGAGGGGCUUAAAAUCCGGAGGAUCUGCUUUUGUGCGCCGCGGCGGCGUCUUGCGCUAUAGUAGAUUGUUAUGUCCCACCUUCUAACCCUGCACUGAAUCGUUACAUCUGUAGAAGGCCUUUUGAUCGAGUGUGUCAUGGUGUGAUGAUGUAAUUUUGCUGGCUCGAGCUAGUUGUUGCCUGUGGAUUGUUCAAGCUUUACAAAUGCAAGUUUCAGUCAGGAUUGUGCAGCUAUCUGUAUCUA